GAUGACCUCGAUAAGAUACCCUUGAUAAAGUGCACUAGGCGAUAUUGGGUUGACAUCCGGCAGAACCAUACUCACCGCCCACUGACGCGAAACUCAAGCUGCCUAAGCUAUUAAUCGAAGUACAACAACAUCAAAUCUACCAGCGACAUCAAUCUCACGGAUCUAUCAUAUCCCUCAGUUGAUCUUCUUAACCUCCACAUACACAUCUCGAUUUCGAAGAUGGAUUCCAUAGUAUCAAAAUACAGUACGCCGUCCUACGAGCAAGAAGUGCCCCAAGAAGACCAGAUGGAGCUAUACCAACCAGCUCCAGGCUUGUCUUUGAAGUUCGCUAUGCCUCCUGUCGCACAUGUACGUUAUCUUCUCAAAUUUUAAGCACCAAUUUGAAGCCGUCUUUGGAAUGGGAUCUCGAUUCGAAAAAUACUAAUACAAUCUACGUUUAGCCAUCCGCUUGGCUCCGAGCAGCUACAGAUGACCAUGCGAACCCUAACUGUCCCAUCAAGAUCGCACACGGUACUACAACUUUAGCAUUUAGAUUUCAAGGUGGAAUUAUUGUGGCGACAGAUUCUAGAGCAACGGCUGGCAACUGGAUUGCAAGUCAAACUGUUAAGAAAGUUAUUGAAAUCAAUAAUUGCUUAUUGGGUACAAUGGCCGGUGGUGCUGCUGUAAGUCCUUAACCUCGCACUACUUUAUCGUUUCUUUCUUGCUCACAUCUGAUAUUUUUGAAAUCAGGAUUGUCAAUAUUGGCUCGCAUACCUCGGUAUGCAAUGUAGACUUCACGAACUCCGUCACAAACGCCGCAUUUCCGUCGCAGCUGCAUCCAAGAUACUUGCAAACCUCGUUUACAGAUACAAAGGUAUGGGCUUGUCUAUGGGAACUAUGUGCGCUGGUGUUACGAAAGAAGAAGGGCCUGCACUUUACUAUAUCGACUCCGAUGGAACAAGAUUGAGCGGAAACCUCUUCUGUGUUGGAUCUGGUCAAACAUUCGCAUAUGGUGUCUUGGAUGCUGAAUACUCAUAUGAUUUGAGCGAAGAAGCGGCAUUAGAGUUGGGAAGAAGAAGUAUUUUGGCCGCCACACACAGGGAUGCUUACUCUGGAGGUUUCAUCAAUUUGUAUCACGUUAAGGAAGACGGAUGGGUCAAGCACGGAUUUAAUGAUACCAACCCAAUAUUCUGGAAGACGAAGUUGGAGAAGGGAGAAUUUUCUAAUGUUACUAGCGAGCUGGUGUAAGAAUGCGGCAUGGCUUAAUGAUUGAAGGAAUGAUUUCUUAUAGAUGUGUCAUUAGCAUGGACGCAGGAGCAAGGUCGGCCUUGGCCUUGUAUACUACUGCUUCAUUCACGAGUUUUAUCAGCUACGAAGAUAAUGUUAGAAGCAAAGAACCUAUCACUCCGGAUUGUGACAACGAAAGUGCUUGUUAUCCGUAG